AUGUGGAGGACUGACCAAAGGCUGGUGUCACCAGGGCCAGAGCGGUGGCUGGCAGCAGGUGGCAGUGUGGUUUCAGGUCUCCCUUUGUCCUCAGCCCAGGUGGCCUUCAGUAAGACAUUGGAGAAGGAAGCAAAGGGAGUGGAGCCGGACAUUGCUGUACCCACGUUCAAGCAGAAGAAGUGGGAGUCCGACAGGGCCUAUGUCCAGCGCAUGGAGCAGGAGGCGCAGCAUGUGCUAUUCCUCAGCAAGCACCAGGCCAGCCGGCAGCCUGAGGUGCAGGCGACUCCCAAGAAGGAGAAGUCGGAGAGGAAGAAAGCGUUCCAGAAGCGACGGCUGGAUAAGGUCCAGCAGAGGAGGGAGGAAAAGGCAGCAGAAAGGCUGGAGCAGGAGCUGCUCCGAGACACGGUGAAGUUUGGUGAGGUUGCCCUGCAGCCCCCAGAGCUGACUGCCAAGCCCAGGAUGAGCACAAGUAGGGACCAGCCUGGCAAGAAAUCGCUGAUGCUGAAGAUGCUUUUAAGCCCUGGCGGUGUGUCCCAGCCUCUGACCACCUCUCUGGCCAGACAGCGGAUCGUGGCGGAGGAGAGAGAGCGGGCUGUGAACGCCUAUAGGGCGCUAAAGAAACUGCAGCAGCAGCGGCAGGGGACUCAGUCACCACAGCCACCCCACCUCCCUUCUGGGAAGAAGCCAAAGACGCAGCUGUGAUGCACCAGGACCUUUCCUGGACGUCAUGUCUCACAUCAGAGGAAAAGUGCAUAGUGAUUGAAACCAAGUGAGCCCACAUCUGAGUAACAAUGAAAGAAGGAGGAACUCUCAGCCAUUUUCACUCUUAAAAUCGUGUCUUAUGAAGGUACAGGCAUCAGCAGUCAUCUCAAGGCAUUGAGCCAACAUCAUUCUAUUCGUUGUGUCAUUUCUACAGGGGGUUGACGGGCAACAUGUACAAAGUUUAAAAAUGGGGAAUUCCCUGGCGGUCCAGCGGUUAGGGCUCUGUGCUUUCACUGCCAAAGGCCCAGGUUCAAUCCCUGGUUGGGGAACUAAGACCCCACAAGCCAUGAGGUGUGCCCAAAACAAAAACAAAACAAAACCAUAAAAAAUAUGCAAAGCAGAAUGAAAAAUAAUACGACAUUUAGUUUGUAUGACGGUUCUAAACCAUGAUCCUCGACCUGAAGGUAGCCAGCUGAACAAAUCAAAGGACCAGAGAGAGGUGAAAUUUGGGCUUGUGUCCUCAUUUUGUUUAAUUGAGUUUCUACUUCUCCAAAAGUGUUUAUCCAGCUAGUAUUUGCGAUCGUACAAAUGCCUCCUUGUUCAGCAAGUAGGAAAUCGAAGGCUAUGUGGUUGUCUAAAAGUAUUUUAGCCAGUGAGUCAAGUGAUAAUUGUUGGGCUGCAGAAUCAGCCAGCUCUCCUGAUAUUGGGGGAGAUUUCCGAUCACGUUCUCAUUGGCACUUACUCCGACCCAAGGGGUUUUCAUGAGAAUUGGCCAAAUGGCACAGACUCGUAGCACUUGACCAAUAAAGUGGGUUCCCCAAUCGCUAUGAAGUUCAAGAAGCGGUCCUCUCCGAUGGGAUCUUAGCCGCAGAGGAGGCAGUGGCUUGUCUACGUGGAAAAGCUUCAGUCCACUGAGGAAGCAUGCACAUCAUUACCAGGAAUUAUUUAUACCCAUGAGAUGGUGGGCAGCUCUGUGAAACCCACUUGCCAAACCUCGAAUGGGUCCAUCAGGCAAUUUGGAGCGCUUGGGAGGGAGCAGUGUGGACAGUUUUUCUGGAUUGUAUUUUGGGAAUGUGACACCAACCCUGGAUCCAACAGCUUCCCGCAAAAUGCUGCAUAAUAUUUGAUAUCAUCGGGCUUCCCUGGUGGCACAGUGGUUAAGAAUCCGCCUGCCAAUGCAGGGGACAUGGGUUCGAGCCCUGGUCCGGGAAGAUCCCACAUGCCACGGAGCAGCUAAGCUCGUGCACCACAACUACUGAGCCUGCACUCUAGA